AAUUUUUGAAAGCAUUUUACUUAAUUAGUACUUUGAGGUUUUCUUAAAAUUAUUAAUAAAAUGUAGAUAAUAGUUCGUUUAUCAGCCACUAGAGUGUUUUGAGGAUAUUCCUUUGUGAAGCUGUUCUGGGGAGUUAUCGCCAUAACAUACAAACAAUCGUGUACGAUAUAGUGAAAUUCCUUAUCAUUAUAAUGACGUAUUACACUUGAUUUUCUUGAAAACAUAUAAUCUACAAGAUGAUGAGUUUAUUAAUAAGUGUUGUGUGCCUACAGAUUUUCGUUGUUUUUGGAGGGGAAUUGAAUGUUUCUCCAUUUAAUUUCCGAGAAAAUGUGAUGGUAAAUGAGAAAGUAACAGCAACUUGUACGACAGUUACCGAAGAUACACAAAUAAGUUUUAAAUGGUUUAAAAAUGGAAAACUGAUAACUGAUAACGAAUAUAUAAAAGUGAUGUAUUAUUCUGAUGUUUCUCUUCUGACAAUUAAUCCGGUAAGAGCAGAUGAUAGCGGAAAUUAUACCUGUAUUGUCACUUCUAAAGAAAAAUCCAGUAAACACACAGCUGCUCUUAUUGUGAAAGCUUCUCCACAGUGGAUAACCCAGCCCGAAAAUGUGCAGUCCGUGAUGGGUUCUAACAUUAGUUUACACUGUUCUGUAACAGGCAUACCAACGCCAACAAUAAAUUGGAAAAAGGCUGAAACUUCUUCAGAUACAAAUUUUAAACCUGUUUCUGCCUCCAGUAACAGUAUUAUAUCAGCAGAUGGAACACUAAAUCUCUUAAAAAUAGGAAAAUCUGAUGAAGGAUUAUACGAGUGUCAAGCUUCGAACGGAAUCGGAAACGAUCUUCGUAAAUCUGUAACAAUUUCUGUAUUCAGUAAGUUUUAAUAUAAAGCAUAUCUACAUACAAGUUUUCGAGCUAUAUUUGUUUUAGUUUAAUUUUCGGUCGCUUGAUGGCGUCUUGUCUCUAUUAGACAUUCGCCAUAAGUAGUUAUUGACAAAGGAUGUGUUGGUCGACUUCCAUGUCUUAAAAACAGUUUAAUAUACAUUUCACCUGAGUAGUUUAAGAUUUACUGAUUCGUAUCGUCUAUACGACAUCUUGGUCAAAUUUCGAAGAAUACUAACGAACAUGUGGAUUUUAAGAAUAGUAUUGAGCGUUGUAUUCCCAAGCUGGAUAUUCUGUGAUCAAGGUAAGCAAAUCGUAUUGCAUUUAUUCUUGCUACAAUAGAAAAUACAAAUAAUUUGUUAUCAUUCUGCUUUUAAAAUGCUAACUUAUCGUUUAAGUUUUGUUUUUUUUUUUACAUUAAAACAAUGUUUGUAGUAUAUGAUUAUAUAUAAUUUUAUUAUAUUUUUUAUUAGAUAGUCCAAAAAUUCAACCAUUUAUAUUUCCCGA